UUCAAGUUAAGGUUACCAAAGGGUUUUGUGUAAAUAUUAACAAAGUUAUCACACAAGAAAAACUGUAUUUUAAUUAAUUAUUGUGGAACUUAAUUAUAGUGUUACCAUCAUUUAUUCUAAACUGCUGAUGGCUCAUUAGAUAUAACAUCCACAUCAGUUGAGGACGAAACUUGAUCUCUGAAUCAGCAAGGUAUGAAAGGGCUAGAGCUUAAGGAUGUCUUUCUUCAGAAAAAAGAAAAAAGGGCCGCCAGCAGAGGACACCCCAAAGAAAUCUGAGAAAAAAAGUAAGAUGCCAUUAUUCAGACGCCAGAGUGAAAAGGGAAGAAAAAGACAGCAGGAUCUGGAACUUCUGGCUCAGCAAGACCCAGAACCAAGAUUUGAUUUAUCAUCAUGUGAGUUAAUGGAGGUACCAUCAGGUGUCUAUGCCAUCUGUAGAGUGCUACAAAAGCAGGUUCUUCUACUACAUGAUAACUGGCUGCAAGGGUUGGGAGGAGGUGGUGAAAUAUCAGAUUUAAGUCUUCUAAAGAUCUUGGACCUACACAACAAUGAGCUCAAGUGUCUACCUGAUGACUUUGGUACCUUAGUCAGUCUACAGGUUCUAGAUUUGUCUGGGAAUCGUCUAAAAGAACUGCCCAAAUCUUUUGAGAAUAUUCCAUUGUUGCAGACCUUGAACCUGAGAGACAACCGUUUCUGUACAUUCCCUGCUGUUGUUUGCCAACUAAAACGUCUGAGGACGCUGGACAUCUCACACAACAGCAUAGACACGCUGCCAGUCAAGUUGUGCUUUGUUAAAGCUUUGGAGACCUUGAUACUGGACGUGGAGAAAAUGAAGUUCCCGUCAGAGGAUGUCUGUAGAAAGAGCACAGCAGCGGUGAUGAUGUAUCUGUGUGGACAAGCACAGAUAGAGUAUGAGCACCCCUCCAAAUUUUGGCUGAAGGUUGAAGCUGCCAACAAGGGGCUUAAGUCCUCCUCUAGUGAUGGUUACCUCAAUGUUGCCCAGAUAGAGAGCCAGAUGAUGGAAGGAGUACAAGCAUAUCAAAAUAUACUCGAUCAAAAGCGUAAAGACGCAGAAGAAUUGGAGCGUUUCUUGUAUGAGGAGAAUGAGGCACAGACGCAGUUGGCUGUCAAUGCUGCAUAUAACCAGAGACAACUCCUGUCUAGCAUAACCCAGCACACAGAACAAGACUCAGAAGAUCUGCUCAAUCUAAACAACAGGAAAGAGAUGGAGAAAGAAGAGUUCCUCAAGUACUUGAAUGACAUUGAAAAUGGAAUUAGCAGUCUUCUGACUGAGAUACUUGACUUCAACACAAAGGCUAAAGAGACGGAGAGGCUGUUGGAGCUGAUGGAAGAGGAAAGAAUGAAAGAAGAUGAUUGGUUGAAAGUCAGAUGGGAGGAACUACAAAAUGUUAGGAAGAAGGAAAUUUUAGAGAACAUGCAGGUGAUGUUGCGAGAGUUUGCCAGCAUGGAAGCAGCCAGAGAGUGUGUGGAGAUGAUGAAGGGAGAGAUAGCCAGAGACGCCUUAGAUCAAGAGAACUUUGAUGUUGGACAGAUGCACAGCCUGAUACACUUCAAGGACAUAGAGAACCAGAAGAUUGUCCAGCAGCUAGCAGAAGAGGAGGAGCUACAGAAGACGGCGUUUGAAGCUCUGCUGAUAUCCCAGGACUCCGCCCACUCCCGCAUCAUGGCACAGAUUGUCCUCAUAGAGUCCGAGCUGGCACAGCUGACCGCUAUAGAGAUGGACCAGAGAGCUAAACGGAUGCAACACCAGUUUAACAUUGUAGCUGAUCAGAGGAUUGCCCUGUCUGCCAUGUUGUCACAGCUACUGGAGGAGAAGGAGAAACGUAAAGCUGAGCUCAAAAAGAGGCUGAUUGAAAUGGAGCAACAGAGGGAGGAGGGACAACAAGACUACUGGCUGGUUCAGUACCAGAGGCUACUGGACUGGAAGCCCCAGUCCCUCAUUGAUAGGGAGAGUCAGCUUGAAAUAGCUGUCAAAGAAAUCCUGAUUUCCUCCGGUGCCGAGGAUUACAUUCCUGUGUUUGCCAGACAUCGCAUCACCAUAGAAACCAUGAUGACCUUGACUGACAGCGACCUGCGUCAGAUGGGUGUUCAUGAAAUGGGGAUCAGAAAGUCCAUCGUCAAGAACAUUGAGCUUCAGCAAACAGACUACAAGAAAACACCAGCUCAUGACAAGAUAAGGGAGCCAGCCCCACCCCCACAUGAAGUCCUGCCAACAGCCCCCACAAUGCCUGAGCUGACCAGACAGCCUUCACUUCCUGCUGCUCUGCUGGAGAGACAACUCUCUGUCACAGCCAGGGGACUUAACUCUGAAUGUGCCAUUUGUCUGGAUAAACAAUCCAACAUCAUAUUCCUGACCUGCGGCCAUGUCUGCUGCUGUUCCACCUGUGCGCUACCUGUCAAAGAGUGUCCCUUGUGCCGUGCCAACAUUUCUGCCAAAAUUAGAAUUUCCCUGCCGUCCUGAGUCACCACCCACAUGGGCUAGACAAAGAGCAGGUAACCAUGGAAACGUAAGGACUGGAUUAGUGCUAAGAACUGUGUUCAAAUGAGGUAGAACAAAGUUUUGAGUCAAGUUUUCUUCCAGUGUCAGCUAUUCUGUAAAACUGGCCUUAAUUUUUUAUUGACUAAUGCAGAUGUAUAUUUUAAGGGGUCGCCCAUGAACUAUGUCACUCUUUGUCUGAUGAGUUUUUCCUUCCCCUACCUUUGUUACACACUGUCACAAAAAGUCAGACCGCCCUACUCCCCAAAAUGACAUCACACUUCAGCCCACUAAAAGUCUAUUAAAAAUAUGUUUAAAUUGCAAAAGUGUUGUCAAAUUGUC